GGGCUCGGUGGGCGGCGGGGAGCGCGGGCCCGGCGGGGCGCUGGAGGCCUCGGGGUCUGAGCGCGCCGGGCUCCGGGCCAGGGCAGGGACGGCCGGGCCCUCGGAUGGGGUCAGCUUGCCGCCCGCUCGCGCUUCCAGGCCGUUGGGGGCCAGGGCUGGGCUCGGGCGAUGCUUCGGAGAGGAGCCCAGAGGAAGGCGGGAAGUCGGCAGGGACCUGGGCCAUGUGGGUCACUCGAGGCCAGCUCCGGGGGCCGCGCACGCAGGAGGCGGCCCCGGCCCUGCCUGCCCUUGAGUGCCCUUAUAUCCGGGCCCAGAGCGCGGUGCUGGCCACCUUACGGAUGGGGUGCUUGGUGCGGGCGUCGCUCCCCUGUCACUUGGGGAACGGCCUGGGGGCGGCCACCCGGCAUGGAGGGGCCGGCAGGAGCCUUGUCUGUGCCAGCCAUGCCAGUGUUCUCUUCCCUGUUCCUCCGGGGCUGCUGCGGCACCAAAUGGGAAGUUGCAGACUCCGCUCUCUGACCAGCGCGCCCUUCCUGCUGGCUGCAGAAGAGGCCCUUCUAGAGCUGGCCGGGGGAUCUCGUGUGGUCAGGUUGCCUGGCCCGGUGAGCUCUCGGGGUCCCCUUACUGCCCUGGAGUUUGUUACCAGACUGCUGGUAACAGGACCCAGAAAGCAGGGGUGACGCCCAGAACCUGAGGCCAUGCCUGAGUGUGUGCGGAAGACUGGGGCUCAGUUGGGUGCUGAAGAGUUGUCUGCUUCUCCUUUGGGAAACCCGAAUCUCCUCCUCUGCCCGGGUCUGAGGUGCGGGAGCUUGAGUCAGGGUUCAGCGUGGGAGUGCGGUGCCCCGUGAUUGCCUCCUCCCAGAGUCUGGGGCUGGGCAAGGAUGUAGGGGUGAUUCUGCCUCCGGGUUCUGAGUGACUUCUCAACUGUGAGGCAGGGCAGGAGAGACUGUUUUUCUGGUCUGGCAGGGGGAGGCAGGUCCUGCAGGAAACAGCUUGGCCCGGCCUUGGGUUCGGUGUGUCGCGCCUCCUCUGAGGUCCUUUUGCCGUUGGGAGGAGCACCCCCCUUUUUCCCGCUUCUGUCUCUGUGUCUGAGGCCCUCCAGAGUGGCUUGAUUGGCACGAGGAGCAGUGACCUCUGAGUCCCCAGGAGAGCCUAAGGCUCAGUGACCGUGCAGCUUGCACAGGGCCUCCUGUCUGAGCCUCCACAGACUGGUCUCUGAGAGCGGGAGGUGGCUGUUCCCCUCUAACGCUGCGUCUGUGUAAGAGCCUCGGCCCUGCUGGACCUCUCUCUGGGCACCCCACACUUUAUCCUUGCCCAGGCCUUUGGCAGCACUCCGGCCACCCCAUUGCCACCGGCGCUGGAGGAUGGCUGUGAUGGCAGGAGAGGGGCCGAGGGAGGCUGAGCCCAGGGCUCUAUCCUGCCCGUUAAACCACCUCAUAUGAGGCGAUUAGAGAGAGGGAAGAAUUCUGCUGCCCAAAAAACCCUCCAGAACCUCGGGAGUUGUUCAUGGGCCUGAGCCAUCGCUGAAGACCCCGAGGGAGUCUGCCACCCACGUGGCCGUUGGUGGCCGAGCAGCCCCUGGUCCAGCCCUCUGGCCCAAGCUGUGACGCCUCUCCUCACUGCACCGGGUGUGGGCAGGUGCUGAGAACAACGUCAUUAGACCACACGGUGUGGGGUCUUUUAGGAGCAGUGACAGAAGCCCAGGAGGGCGGCUGAGAUUUCAUGAGACACAGGAUGGGCUUGGGUGGUUUCUUCAUCAGACGCGGAAGAAGGAGACCCCGUGCCUGUGGGCUGCCGCGGGCGCUCUGCUCUCCUGUUCUCCCACUCUGCCCCUCUGCUCCCACCCUAGACCUCAUUGUCUGACCCCCGCACAGCCGGAGUGCCCAGAAGCCCAGUGGGACUUGUUCUCCCUAAAGCUCUUCCACAUCCCUCCUAACGUCUCGGUGUGAACGUGUGCUUCCUUACCACCUGCCUGUGCCUCAGCUGCUGGAGCCACUGGACCCUCAUGCCCCGUGCUGGCGAGAACGCUCAAGUCUGUGCAUAGCUGUGAUGUUGCCCCUCCGGUGGUCCCUGGCUCCCCUCCGUGGGAUCUGCCUGCAGCAGUUACACUUGGCACCGUCCUGUGUCCCUGCUCAAUGUGGCGCUGGGAGGGCAGGGGCCGUUUCUGUUUCUUGGCAGGCCCAGUGCCCAGCACCAUCUAGCCGUCUGCGGAGCAGGCGGUCAGUGAGCACCACGGUCAGCCCUCACCACAGGCAGUUCUGGAGUUUUGAGUUCUGGUGGCCAAGGGGGACUCCUGGGUGCUCCAGAAAGGCAGCACACCAGCCCCUGUGGCGUGGAAGUGGCCACACCUGACUUCGGCUCGUUUCUGAGUCUGAGAGAACAGACUUGCCGGCCUGUGACCCCUGCGUGCCUGUCUCCCUGCCGGGAGGCUGUGGGUGGAGGCUGGGCCCAGAGACCUGUUCAGACACACCCUGUUACGUGUGGGCCCCAUACAGCUGGGUGCAGAUCUCACAGUGCGUGGCCCAGGCGGGAGUCUGUGGAUGGCUGCAUUGCGCCAUAGGACGGGACGGGCUGCUGCUGGCCCCCAGGGUGCAGGGAGUGGGGGCUACGGGAGGACAGGGGCAUCCUAGCCCAGCGCAGGGGCCCCUUGAUGAGCUGCAUCAGGCAGUUAAUUCGCACACCAUCUUCGGGGCCUGCCUGAGUGCUGUACAGGAGGCCAGCAGGGUGGCCACACUCCCCAGGACUUGCCUAGGACACCAGGGUGGACUCCUUGAGUCCCUCCCCUCCUGGCCUCCAGACACCAUCAUUUCUCAGUUCCCCGAGGUCAAAGGGAGGCUGCCAGGGUUGCCGUCCCCGCCUCCCUGGAGGGCCUCGUCAGGAGUCAGGAGGAAGCAGGCCGAUCCUGCUUUCUGAAAUAAUCUCGGCAGCUGUGCCCAGUUGCAGGCGGUGAUUGCUGCUUCAGGCUGCUCUGUGGAAGGAGCUCCCUCCGCUACAGAGAGAACUCCUCCCCAUGCCCCCCCCUCACUUUUCUUGAAAAAGUUGCCCUUUAUUUUUAAGAUGUCUUAAAUUCUACGUUUUUGAGUCAGACUCUGUCGCCCAGGCUAGAGUGCUGUUGCGAUCAUAACUCGCUGUAGCCUCAAACUUCUGGGCUCAAGUGAUCCCCCUGCCUCAGGCUCCCAAAGCACUGAGACCGCAGGCGGGUGCCACCACACCCAGCCUCUGCCCUUUGGAAGUAGAAUCCCCCAGGCAGGCUUCUGCCCUCUGCCUGAUCCCCACUCCCUACCCCCUACCUCCCAGCCUUCUGUAAUGGGAAAGGCAGGAAGCUUUGGAGCUCUCUGGAUCCCCUGCCCUUCCUGAAAAGGUGGUCGCAGAGAGGCUGGAGCUGGUAGGGGAAGAGGCGCCAAGAGGCCUCCUCUGGGCCCAGGACCACACAGCUGCCAAGGCCCCAGUCUCCCUCUCUGAGAGGUGCCCCCUGCGUCCCUGUGGCUUCUGCUUGGCCACUGGCAAGGUCACCAGGCUGCCUAGAUCAGAGCUUGCACUUGGCAAGCACAGAAACAGAGAAGUGUCAAAACACAUGUGCUUGUCUGAUCCUUUUUUUCCUGUUAAAAAUGGAAUCUGGGGUUGGGCACAGUGGCUCCUGCCUGUAAUCCUAGCUCUUUCGGAGGCCAAGGCAGGUGGAUCACCUGAGGUCAGGAGUUCCAGAUCAGCCUGACCCAUAUGGCAAAACCCCAUCUCAGUUAAAACUUAGCCGGGUGUGGUGGUGCGUGCCUGUAAUCCCAGCUACUCAGGAGUCUGAGACAGGAGAAUUGCUUGAACCUGGGAGGCAGAGGUGGCAAUGAGCAGAGAUUGCACUGCAGCCUAGAGGAAGACUCUGUCUCAAAAAAAAAAAAAAAAGGUAGAAUUCGGCUGAGCACGGUGGCUCAUGUUGGGAGGCCGAAGCAGGUGUGUCACCUGAGGUCAGGAGUUCGAGACCAGCUUGGCCAACAUGGCAAAACCCCAUCUCUCCUAAAAAUACAAAAAUUAGCCGGGCAUGGUGGUGCAUGCCUGUAGUCCCAGCUACUCAGGAGGCUGAGACAAGAGAAUUGCCUGAACCUGAGGGGCGGAGGUUGCAGUGAGCCGAGAUUACGCCAUUGCACUCCAGCCUGGGCGAAAGAGCGAGACUCUGUCUCCAAAAAACAAAAAAGAAUUCAGCGUUAACACUGAACUUGUGAAACUCAAAGUCAAAAUCUUGAGUGUUCCCAUGUCCCUGACAAUAUCGUUUUGAAAAAUGUGCAAGGCCUCACUGAGGGGGUGUGCCACCCUAGAGACACAGAGGGGCGCAGGAGUGACCCCAUUACCCCAUGUGUCCUUCUGGACACCCUGCUCAGCUCAGCCCAAGCCCCUCACCAUCGCUGCAAAGAUGCCUCUGCUCUCCCCUCACCCUCAAAGGCCAGGCGGCUUUAAGGCAGAGAGGAUCCAGCCCAUCAGAGGGUGCAGGCGUUCACAGUGAGCAGCAUCAGAGGUGUCUCAGAGCAGCUCUGAACGGGCCAAGGAAGUGAAGCCCUGUCCGGAGAGCCAGGUGGGACAGCACAGCCUGAAUGGCUGGAGCCCCAGUGGUGCGUGGGCCCCCAGUCCUCUGACUUCCACCCAGAGCUGGUGGCUGGUGCCUCUGCAGACUGCAAGGUUCUUGGCAGACGCAGAGAUCUCGAGCCCCAGAAGAGCCUCCUGCUGGCAGUGAGGGUUAGUCCCAAGGCCUUUGUUCUGUGCCUGAGUCUCGGCUGAGCUCUGUGGACCACUCUUCCGAGGUGAGGCCUGGGCCUCCCUCUCUGUGCCACAAGCACAUGUCACCACACCAUCCUCGGUGCUGAUCACCGAAGAGGGUGAUGGGCCGGGGGAGUGUCCCAUGCCUGUCAUCCCAGCACUCUGGGAGGCCAAGGCAGGUGGAUCAUUUGAGGUCAGGAGUUCGAGACCAGCCUGGCCAAUGUGGUGAAAACCCAUCUACGAAAAAUACAAAAAUUAGCCGGGCGUGGUGGCACAUGCCUGUAGUCCCAACUACUUGGGAGGUUGACAAUCGCUAGAACCCAGGAGGCGGAGGUUGCAGUGAGCCGAGAUCUCGCCACUGCACUCCAGCUUGGGAGACAAUGAGAGUCUCUCUCAAAAAAAUUAAAAAAUUAAAAAAAAAAAAAAGAAGGUGAUGACUGAGUGGGAAGGCCACAGUGGGCCCCACACGGCCCAGGAAGGACGGGGCAGGGAGAAUGAGCGUCCUACCCACCGCCAUGGCACCGCUGUGGGAAGCAUGUGCCAAGAGAAGCAAAGCCACCUGGCUUGAGGCAGCAGCUUCCCUGGUGGCAGUUAGAGUGGCCGGGUGGUGCUUGGGCCUGGGUCCAGGGGAGUCGAGGUGGCUGCCUGGCCAUGUGCCUGAGCUCUGCCCAAGCUGGGCACCUUUCCCUGGCUGUGCGCAGGAAGCCUGGCUGCCUCCCUGGCUGGUGCUGCUCUGUGGCCCUGCCCGUGGACUCUUGCCCAUGGCCUGUUCCUUGCAGCAGAGCCAGGCUGUGGGAGAUCCAGACAGGAUCCCAAAUGGCCCUGUCCACGGUGCUGGCUGACCGGGGCUUGACUGCACUAGACGGGGGCCUUAAACCAGGGUAGUGAGGAACCGGCUGAGCCCAUGCUGCUCCCCAGGCUGCCUUUGGCUCUCAGAGAGACACAGCUUCUAAGGCAAAGGGUCUCCUGGGACUGGUUUCCGGGGACUCUGGCUCCUGCAGAGAGGCCCGGAGGCGGGGCUUGGUGUUCAGGGUCAGAGUCCUCCCGGAGGAAGCCGGAUGCCUGGUUAGAUGCCUCCCUUCCUCCCUUCCUAGGCAGCAGCCAGACAGGGCACAGGGGCUUGGGCGCUAGCCGCAGCUUCAGCCACACCCACUCGCCCGGGUCUAUGGCCACGGUCGGAGAGUGGUCCUGUGCACGCUGCACCUUCCUGAACCCGGCCGGCCAGCUCCAGUGCUCCAUCUGCGAGGCCCCGCGGCACAAGCCCGACCUCAACCACAUCCUGCGGCUCAGCGUGGAGGAGCAGAAAUGGCCCUGCGCCCGCUGCACCUUCCGAAACUUCCUGGGCAAGGAGGCCUGCGAGGUGUGCGGCUUCGCCCCGGAGCCUGCGCCUGGGGCUGCCCUUCUGCCUGUGCUCAACGGGGUCCUCCCCAGGCCACCCACCAUCCUGGGGGAACCCAAGGGCAGCUGCCAGGAGGAAGCAGGUGCAGUGAGGACUUCGGGACUGGUGACCACAGAACCCGCCAGGGGUCAACGAGAGGACGAGGAAGAAGAGGAGGGGGUCGCAGAGCCUGGAGGGGGCUGGGCCUGCCCGCGCUGCACGCUGCACAACACGCCUGUGGCCAGCUCCUGCUCCGCCUGUGGGGGCCCACGCAGGCUCUCACUGCCACGAAUCCCUCCUGAGGCCCUGGUGGUCCCGGAAGUGGUGGCCCCAGCAGGCUUCCACGUCGGGCCUGCUGGGCCUCCACCUGGCCUCCCCGGGGAGGGUGCCGAGGCCAACCCCCCAGCCACCAGCCAGGGCCCAGCUGCUGAGCCGGAGCCGCCCAGGGCCCCACCCUUCAGUCCCUUCUCAUCCACCCUGCAGAACAACCCCGUGCCUCGAAGCCGACGUGAGGUCCCCCCGCAGCUGCAGCCGCCGGUGCCUGAGGCUGUCCAGCCCUCACCCUCUACCGGCUGCAGGGGACCCCAGGGCGCAGGCUGGGCUGGGGCCACUCGCCUGGCAGAGUUGCUGUCCAGCAAGCGGCUGAGUGUGCUAGAGGAAGAGGCUGCGGAGGGCGGUUCCAGCCGUGUAGAGACCGGCAGCUCCACCUCGGGCAGCGACAUCAUCGACCUGGCUGGAGACACAGUGCGCUACACACCCGCCAGCCCCUCCAGCCCCGACUUCACCACCUGGGCGUGCGCCAGGUGCACCCUCAGGAACCCCACCGCGGCCCCCAGGUGCUCAGCCUGCGGCUGUUCCAAACUGCACGGCUUCCAGGAGCAUGGCGAGCCCCCUGCCCACUGCCCCGACUGCGGGGCCGACAAGCCCGGCCCCUGUGGCAGAAGCUGCGGACGGGUCCCCUCGGCUCAGAAGACCGCCCGCCUCAUGCCCGAGCGCCCAGGCCAGUGGGCCUGUCCUGCCUGCACCCUGCUCAACACACCGCGAGCCAAGCACUGCGCCGCCUGCCACACACCCCAGCUCCUGGUGGCCCAGCGGCGGGGGGCUGCACCCCUGCGGCGCAGGGAGAGCAUGCACGUGGAGCAGCGGCGGCAGACGGACGAGGGCGAGGCCAAGGCGCUCUGGGAGAACAUUGUGGCCUUCUGCCGGGAGAAUAACGUGAGCUUCGUGGAUGACAGCUUCCCGCCCGGGCCCCAGUCUGUGGGCUUCCCCACGGGCGACAGCGUGCAGCAGCGUGUGAAGCAGUGGUUGCGGCCCCAAGAGAUCAACUGCUCCGUCUUCAGGGACCACAGGGCCUCGUGGUCUGUGUUCCACACACUGAGGCCCUCGGACAUCCUGCAGGGGCUGCUGGGAAACUGCUGGUUCCUGAGUGCCCUGGCGGUACUGGCGGAGCGGCCGGACCUGGUGGAGCGGGUGAUGGUCACGCGCAGCCUGUGCGCAGAGGGCGCCUACCAGGUGCGGCUGUGCAAGGACGGCACGUGGACCACGGUGCUGGUGGACGACAUGUUGCCCUGUGACGAGGCCGGCUGCCUCCUCUUCUCACAGGCGCAGCGGAAGCAGCUGUGGGUGGCUCUCAUCGAGAAGGCACUGGCCAAGCUGCACGGCUCCUACUUCGCGCUCCAGGCGGGCCGCGCCAUCGAAGGCCUGGCCACGCUCACCGGCGCCCCCUGCGAGAGCCUGGCGCUGCAGGUCAGCUCCACUAACCCCCGCGAGGAGCCCGUUGACACUGACCUCAUCUGGGCCAAAAUGCUGAGUUCUAAGGAGGCUGGGUUCCUCAUGGGCGCCUCCUGUGGUGGGGGCAACAUGAAGGUGGACGACUCAGCCUAUGAGAGCCUGGGCCUGCGCCCCCGCCAUGCCUACUCCAUCCUGGAUGUUCGAGACGUGCAGGGCACCAGGCUUCUGCGGCUCCGAAACCCCUGGGGCCGUUUCUCUUGGAACGGCAGCUGGUCGGACGAGUGGCCGCACUGGCCGGGGCACCUGCGUGGUGAGCUCAUGCCGCAUGGCAGCAGCGAGGGCGUCUUCUGGAUGGAGUAUGGUGACUUCGUCAGGUACUUCGACUCCGUGGACAUCUGUAAGGUGCACUCGGACUGGCAGGAGGCCCGUGUUCAGGGCUGCUUUCCCAGCUCUGCCAGCGCGCCCGUGGGGGUGACGGCGCUCACGGUGCUGGAGCGGGCCUCGCUGGAGUUUGCGCUCUUCCAGGAGGGCAGUAGGCGCUCGGACGCUGUAGACAGCCACCUGCUGGACCUGUGCAUCCUGGUGUUCCGGGCCACGUUCGGCAGGGGCGGCCACCUCAGCCUAGGCCGCCUCUUGGCCCACAGCAAGCGUGCAGUUAAGAAGUUUGUCAGCUGCGACGUCAUGCUGGAGCCGGGCGAGUAUGCCGUGGUGUGCUGUGCCUUCAAUCACUGGGGUCCGCCCCCGCCAGGCGCCCCUGCCCCACAAGCCUCCAGCCCCUCAGUGGUGGUCCCGAGAGCUGCCCCGGAGCCGCCAGGCCACGUGCUGGCCGUGUACAGCUCCAGGCUGGUCAUGGUGGAGCCCGUGGAAGCCCAGCCCACGACGCUGGCCGAUGCCAUCAUCCUGCUCACCGAGAGCCGCGGGGAGCGGCACGAGGGCCGAGAGGGCAUGACGUGCUACUACCUGACACACGGCUGGGCGGGGCUCAUCGUGGUGGUGGAGAACCGGCACCCCAAGGCCUACCUGCAUGUGCAGUGUGACUGCAGUGACAGCUUCAACGUGGUGUCCACGCGCGGCAGCCUGCGCACCCAGGACAGUGUGCCACCCCUGCACAGGCAGGUCCUGGUGAUCUUGUCCCAGCUGGAGGGCAAUGCCGGCUUCUCCAUCACCCACCGACUGGCACAUCGCAAGGCAGCCCAGGCCUUCCUCACCGACUGGACGGCCUCGAAGGGCACCCACAGCCCCCCGCUCACACCAGAGAUUGCCGGUCUGCAUGGACCCCGGCCACUGUAACCACCAUGCCAGGGCAGGGGCUGUGUGCAGAUGGACCCCCAUCCCCCACACGCACUUUAUGAGGGAGACCCCGACAGAGGACGCUUGAAUCAGAAUCUCAGGACCCUGCCCAGGGAGCUGCCAGCCCAGGGCGCAGCUUCCCAUGGGCACCCCACCCCCCUCCCUCCCCUCCCUGAGUACCCACAGUCCGCCUGGCCAGGCCUCCCAGCCGCCAUGCAGAAUACCUCGAACCAGGCGAGCUGUGAGCCAGCCCAGCUGACCUGCCAGCCUUGAGCCCAGCAUCUUGCGGGGGGGCCGAGGUCAGGCCGUCCCUCCUUGUGGGCUUAGGGUCUCCUGCCAGGGAGGCGGCCAGCAGCUCUGUCCACCAAACCAAAUCUGGGUGUCAGAGACCAAGGCCCUGGGGCGGGAUCAGGGACCACCCCCCAUGGGGCAUGAGGUCAGCUUUCCCCCAGAGCCUGGGUCCCUGUCCCCCAUAGGCAGGCGGGGUCCCUGGAGCCCUGGCGUCGAGCGGCAAAUCCUGGGGGCUGUGCCUGUCUCAGAAGGGGGGGCCCUCGGCCAGCCACCCCCCAGUGACACUAUGCAACUCCUGGAGUGCACGCCAGGAUCGAAGCCAUGACGGGUGCAGCUGGCGCCAGGCCUGCUGUGGGUGUGCCAGUCCUCAGCACCGCUGUCCGCUGCCCAGCAGGCUCCUCAGUCAAUCCCAUCCCUCGGCCUGGCCCUGCUGCAGAGAGGGACCCCGGCCCAUCGAGGGCAUCCGCAGGGCUCAGCUGCUCCCACCGACCCGGGCAGCCCAGGGAGUGUAGAUAUGCAGACGUCUCGAGCCCAGCUUUCUCCAUGCCCUCCUGGCCCCCAGGCAGCAGGCCAGUCCUGCCCUCGCUCCCCUCCUGCCCCUCUCAGGGGCUUCCGGGGCUUUGACACCUGGAGAAACGUUCCCCACUCCCCUUUGGCCUCCCUGUACUCCGAGCUGUGAAUAUUUUUAACCCUGUAAAUAUGGCCAGCUCUUGUGACACAGAGACUAUUUUAUCAACUGUCAGCCCGUUCCUUUACGGUAGGAUUCUCCACAGUGGCUUCCGACUCAGGCUCCAAUGGACCAAAUAAAAGCAUUUUGUUUUGUA